GCUUACUUUCAUGCACAUGUACUAAAAGAGAGCGCGCAGUUAGUUGUUUUUGGCAGGUGUCCCAUUAAUGAUUUUAUAGCACAUGCUUCACUUUUCGCUUUUGUCACAUUUUCAGAUACCGCAAGCAUUCCUAGGGCAACCGGUUCACCGCCCACAACUUCAACCAACACCACCAAUGCCAGUACCAUCCAUCGAUUAAAUGUACAACAGCAGAAAGAUCCGACUACAGAGGGAACGCGUGCUUCCCGCUAUAGCACAUCAUGUGCCGGUUGCUUGAACACUUUGCACCUAAGUCGCGAAGAAUUCGUCAUUGCAUUGGGUCAAGAAUGGCAUAGCGAUUGCUUUCGCUGCUCCGUUUGCGAUGCACACCUGCACAAUUGGUAUUUCGAAAAGGAUGGACUGCUCUUCUGCCGGGAAGAUUACUACCAACGCUUUGGUGAAUGUUGCCAACAAUGCAGUGCUAUCAUAACUGGUCCUGUCAUGGUAGCUGGCGAUCAUAAAUUUCAUCCCGAAUGUUUUUGCUGUAGCGCCUGUGCUGUGUUCAUUGGCGAAGGUGAAGCAUACGCAUUGGUCGAGCGCUCAAAACUAUACUGUGGCAAUUGUUAUAAGCAGCAAGAGACACAUGCGGUAGCGGCUGAUUUGGAGGCAUUAAGCGCUGGUGUUGGUAGAGGGGGCGCAGGCAGCAGCGGUAGUGGCAUAAAUGCACCUGGCGGCAACGCUAAACCCAUACAUUCCAUACGUCUAGUAGAGAUACCCAAGGAUGCGACACCGGGUCUGCGGUUGUCGGUGGAUAAUGUGAGCGUGCAACGACACUACAUUGACAGUGUAGGCGGCGGCGGGGGCAGUGGUAGCGGGAGCGGUGGUGGAUUUCGUGUCAAUUCGCCGACACUUGGCAAGCGAAUAGACGGCCCACUCGAAGUUUGCCCCGCCGUGCGCAUUUCUGAAUUCAUUUGUAGAAUAUAUGGUCGUGUUGGGAAAUAUGUUUUCUCCUUUAUAACAUCGGUUAUCGAUCAGUGUUGUGGUAGCGAUUAUAGAAUUGACGUCAACUUGGCCAACCUACACAUUGGCGAUCGUAUACUCGAGGUUAACGGCACGCCCGUGAACGACUCCUCCAUCGAACACAUCGACAAAUUGAUACGAAGCACCGAGAAAAUUUUACAGCUCACCGUCGAACACGAUCCUGUGCAAGUGUGCCGCAGCUGUAGUCAAGCUGACAUACUCCAUCGACCUACAUCGUACAGUGACCUCCCGCCGUUGGCCACAUCCGCGUCAAGCAUUGAAGUAUACGGCCGUCGCAGCGUCACAGACUCGCUCACCGGCAGCACUAGCACCAGUACUAUCGCGCCACAGAGCAACAGCAGCGAUUGCGGCAGCGGUGGCAGCUCACCCACACGUCUCACCAAGCAGGACAAGGAACGUAUCUACAAGCGCAAGGAUGAGGGCUACAUAAGCGGCACAAAGACACGCCAGCUGCGCAAGUGCAAGAAUCUGAAUAUGAUUGCUGCCGAACAGGCGCUAUUGACGCAUACCGGUUCCACACAUUCCGUUGGACCAAUCGGCAGCGGUGUAGACGGGUGCUGCGCUGUUGCAAUUGGCAGUAGUGCCAUCAAAGCAGCAGACUCCACACAGCUGGGCAUGCGUUUACGCGAUAAGGAGCGCUGCUCAAGUAUGUCGAAGCUGUUGGAUGAGCAGCAUGCGCCCUCAGCCCAAAUUUACGACUUGUCGCGCACGAAGUCGUUUCGCGUGGAGCCCAAGCCGCAGCGCAUCUUCCGCGCAUCUGAUCUGGUGUUGGGCGAAUUGCUCGGCAAGGGGUUCUUCGGGCAAGUGUACAAGGUGACGCAUCGCCUUACCAAGGAGGUGAUGGUGCUCAAGGAGCUCUAUCGCGUCGACGAAGAGGCGCAGCGUAAUUUUCUCAAAGAGGUUGCGGUGCUGCGUUCGUUGCAUCACAAGAAUGUGCUGCGCUUCAUUGGCGUGCUCUACAAGGAUAAGAAACUGCAUUUGGUCACCGAGUACAUUGCUGGAGGUUCACUCAAGGAGCUCAUACACGACUCUGGGUUGCCGCUAACGUGGCCACAGCGCAUCUCAUUCGCAAAAGACAUUGCUUGCGGCAUGAGCUAUUUGCACCGCAUGAAUAUUAUACAUCGCGACUUGAAUUCUUUAAAUUGCCUUGUGCGGGAAGAUAAGUCGGUGAUAGUGGCGGACUUUGGGCUGGCGCGUAUCAUCACAGCGCCCUUCUACAGCGCGGGUGGCGGCAGCGGCGCGACUGUAGGCGCUGGUGGAAGCAUGUUAGCGGCGAAUAGCGGCAGUGAACGUUGGUCUGGUGGCGCAUGUCUGAGUCCGAACGGCACUCUGGGGCGCAGCAAGAGCAGGCAGCGCAGACAGCGCUACACAGUGGUNGAGAAUACUGUCAUACUGCGCAGCGAUAUGCCGAAAUCGCCGCACUUGGGCAAAGAUUUUUCGCCCACUGGUGAGCGCAUACGUGACAGCAUGCGUGCGCGUCGUCGUCAGCGACUCAUGCAAGCCGCGCAACAACGCGGUCUGACGCCGGAGAACAAAAGCACCGAUCGCGUAUUGGAGGCGGUGAAGCAAACGUUGCAGAACGGCGCGCGCGCUGGGACGCCGCUGAGCAGCUGCAAUGGCAGUGGUGCUGUAGCGAAGAAAAGUCGGCCAUAUGGCGAGAAAGGCUUUCUGCUGGACAUUAAUCGCGAUGGGGACCUGCGGCUGAAUAACGUCAAAGACUUAAAUUAUUGCUCAGAUUUCGACUCCAGCUGUGACACGAGUCUCAACUAUCACGAAGUUAAUGCCAACGAAGAUAUGAAGGCGACGGAUUGCGAAAUGCCUGCCGCUCCCACAAUGAAUCGGCCGGCAGUGUUGCGUGAAGAGCGCGUUGAGGAAGAGGUACAAGUUAGCGCCGCGGAAGAGGUUGAAAAAAUGCAAGAAACACAAGCUGCUAAACAGGUGUUGCUAACUGAUAUGCAGGUGGCGGCCGAUACAAUCGAUGCGUCGCAGGCGUCCGAUCAAAUAAUCACUGUGGAGGUAUCCGCGCCCGCGACCGUUGGCGCCGCCACAUCCAGUGAAGAAGUCGACGCCGCAACGCUGAGCACCAUGCAGCAGAUACAGAAAAAGAUCGCCGCGAAGUCCUACAGAACUGCGCUCGAUGAUAUACGCACCAAACUGAAUUUGUGCCGCAAUAAGUUCGAAACCAUCGAUGCGGCGAAUCGACGCAAUUUCAGCAAUUCGCAAAAUGCAAUGAAAACCUUCUUCAAACCGCGCGCCUCACGUUCGGUUGUUACCAGUCCCACAGAGCCCACAAGUGCGAAUGAAAGUGUAUACAAAACGCCACCUGAGGCCUUAAAAAUGUUCCAGCGUCUUGAAGCGGCUAGUAAUGCGGGCGCGCCAAGCGCUGGUGGCACGCCACUUAGCGAGCAUGUGCGCCUGCCGGGACAGAGUGUCAGCGCUAUUACCAGCGGCAGCAGCAACACCUAUCGCAUAAAUCAAACUCCGAUUUUCGGCCGCAAGCAACCGCCCAAACCAGUUGAGUUAUACACACCGCAUUCUGAAUCGCUGGAGAAUCUACACAGCAGCCUGCCGCCCAUUAGCGCGUCCACACAAGUGGUGGCGCGCAAGGAGAAGAGCAGCACGAGCGGUAGCGGUAAGCGUGCAAAAUCGCCGAAGCGUCCUAUAAGCACAUUCCGCAGUUAUCUAAAUGAGGCGGCAGCAGAGGCGGAGGAGGAAGGGAAUUCGCCGACGCGGCGGGACGCGCCAUUGCUCGGGUCAGCUACAGCGCCACCGGCAGGGUUGGAGACGACACCGAAAAAGAAUCGCCGCCUCAAUAGCGGCAAAGAUAGUACAAAUGAACAGCGUUGGCUGUCACAGGCGCCAGGAAAAUCGACAACGACGACGGUGGGGGCGAGCAAAAGUCCUGCAGCGCGCAUUUUUGGCUUGCGCAGUUCAGCGAAGUCAUCAACGGCAACGGCGGUGGCGCGGGAAAUGACGACAACGACGCAGGUGACACAAAGGCGAACACUUUCGCCGACUAAGGCCAGCGAUGCGCGUCGACUGGUGAGCAAGCAUGAAGUGCACAACACAGCACAAACAACACAACAGCAACGCCUGCGUCAAAGUCAUGCCAAUAACAGUAAUUAUGCAACAGCCACACCUGCCCCGGCACUGUCAAGCGCCAAAAGUACAACUAGGCUCGCCAUACUCAGUCCAGAAAAAGUACAUCGCCUUAAUGCAAAACUCACCGACCAAAAGUCUAAGAAAGUCAGUGAUACCAAAGCUACAGCGGUGAGCAGCACAGCAAACAACAGCGCUGACCAAGCGCUACAACUCGAACGACGUAAGCGUAAGCAAUUAUCCACGCGGUAUUAAAAUGAAAGUUUUUAAUAAAAACAAAUAGAGACUAACCACGACACAAGUGUCAAGCGAAAGCAAUUAGUAAGCUAUAAAGCGAGUUAGAUUUAAAACGAAGGCAAAAAACGAAGUGCGUGCAAAAAAAGACAGAAAGAAGAAAACUGAUGGAAGGCGAAAAGUGUAGAAAAAUAUAUAUUUUUCGAAAUUAUUGCUCACCGAAAAUGAAACUGUAGAAACGAAUAAUACGCGAGCGCAAAUUGAAUUCUUUAGAUUUGUAGAGCGUUGCGUGAAUUAGGUUUAAAGCGAAGCAUAAAAAGACAAGAGAUUUAUGAAUAUAUAUGUAGUUAUCGCAGCUAAAAUAAAAAUUAUCUGGUUAAGGAAGUGUGCAGAGGCGAUGUUCGAUAUUUCGAUACGACAGCAAUACUAACACAUAACUACAUAGUAGGCCUAUGUAAGCAUUGAAAAUUAUUUUAUUAACAUAAUUAAGCACAAAGUAAGAUAUAUACA